AAACAACACUGGAUGGCUGGUUAACGAAAGUUCCCGAACCCCACCGGCAUUUCCCGGAACUGUGUGGGGCAAACGUGUGUGUGCGAGCCUGGUGAGAGCACAGGAGGAAACACAUGGUCAGGCACGCAGAUCAACUGCAUAAUAUAGAUCAAAAUAUUGUAUUAAACAUCUGCCAGCUUUACAUCCUAAUUUAAUAUAGUAUAUUUUAAUAAUCCGACGAGUUAUCUUUGUUCGUUCAUCAUGUCUUUGCUGUGCUACAACAAAGGUUGCGGACAACGAUUUGACCCAGACAACAACCCUGGUGGUAAGUGUAACGUUAGCUAAUAAUGAAUUUAACUGGCUAUAUAACAAUAUGAAUGUCUACACACGGCAUUCUCAGUUUAGGAAUAGUUGAAUGCUAGAUAUUGUACACGUUCUUUAUUAUUAGCAAGUGACAGCAGCAAACGUUUGCCUUUGUGGACUGCCGUCUAUCCGAAUUUUCAUGCGCCACUCCCGUUACGGUAUCACAUGAACACCGCGGAGACAUAGACAUAACCAGGGCGGAUCACCAACAUUUUUUUGUUUGAUCUUAAAGGAAAGUGGUGAUACAAUGAAAUUAUAUAUUUUUAAUAUAUUAUAUGAAACUAGAUAAUUAGGAAUGCCCGUAUUUUGCUGUAUCAUAUGAAUGAAUAUUCUCCUCCACAGACGCCUGUACCUUUCACCCUGGUGUGCCUGUUUUUCACGAUGCUCUUAAGGUAGGGUCAAACACACCCCGACACGACCACUAACCAUAGUAAGUGUGUAGCCGAGCGGAUAAGAUGUACAGUGGUUUCCUCUCCCAAUCACUUCUCAUUCAUCUCCACUUACCUGAACACAAAAGACAAGUGAUGAAGAAGAGGACACCAGGUCGAAAAAUGUUUUUUUUAAUAGACUAUUGACUGUGUGGGUAAUGAAACCGUAUUGUGGUUGACCUGGCUGUGUCCUGUAGGGCUGGUCCUGCUGCACGAGACGCACCACAGACUUCUCAGACUUCCUCAGCAUAGAGGUGAGUGUACCCCCCCCCCCUUCUAAAGUUUCCUAUGCUGAAGUCAGAAGUGUUCAGAUUAAAUGUGGAUAUGCUAAAGUUAGAAGGGUGUUUCUCUCCUCAGGGCUGCAGCAGAGGUAUCCAUAACAGAGAGAAGCCAGCGGAGCCGAUCAGGCCGGAGGUGACAAGCUCAGAGGGGAGGAGAGAGAAGGGAGAGGAGCUAAAGCCUCGUGGUGACCCCUAUAUUAUCCAGGCUCCUAAACCACUGGAGCUGAUACACAGACCCAGGUAACACACAUUCAUCAGGGCACACACACAAAUGCACGCACGUAAAGUGCAUUCGGAAAGUAUUCAGACCCCUUAACUUUUUCCAAACUUUGUUAAAUUACAGCCUUAUUCUAAAAUGUAUGAAAUAUUUUUUCCCCCUCAUCAAUUUACACACAAUACCUCAUAAUGACAAAGCAAAAACAGGUUUUUCAAAAUUUUUGCACAUUUAUUAAAAAUAGAAAACAGAAAUACCUUAUUUACAUACACUACUGUUCAAAAGUUUGGGGUCACUUAGAAAUGUCCUUGUUUUCGAAAUAAAUAAUUUUUUUUGUGUCCAUUUAAAAUAACCUCAAAUUGAUCAGAAAUACAGUGUAGACAUUGUUCAUGUUGUAAAUGUCUAUUGUAGCUGGAAACAGCUGGUUUUUUAUGGAAUAUCUACAUAGGGGUACAGAGGCCCAUUAUCAGCAACUAUCAGUCCUGUGUUCCAAUGGCACGUUGUGUUUGCUAAUACAAGUUUAUCAUUUUAAAAGGCUAAUUGAUCAUUAGAAAACCCUUUUGCACAUAUGUUAGCACAGCUGAAAACUGUUGUGCUGAUUUAAAGAAGCAAUAAAACUGGCUUUCUUGAGACUAGUUGAGUAUCUGGAGCAUCAGCAAUUGUGGGUUCGAUUAAAGGCUCAAAAUGGCCAGAAACAAAUAACUUUCUUCUGAAACUCGUCAGUCUAUUAUUGUUCUGAGAAAUUAAGGCUAUUCCAUGCGAGAAAUUGCCAAGAAACAGAAGAUCUCGUACAACGCUGUGUACUACUCCCUUCACAGAACUGCGCAAACUGGCUCUAACCAAGAGGAGUGGGAGGCCCCUGUGCACAACUGAGCAAGAGGACAAAUACAUUAGUGUCUAGUUUGAGAAACAGACACCUCCCAGGUCCUCAACUGGCAGCUUCUUUAAAUAGUACCCGCAAAACACCAGUCUCAUAGUCAACAGUGAAGAGGCGACUCCGGGAUGCUGACCUUCUAGGCAGAGUUGCAAAGAAAAAGCCAUAUCUCAGACUGGCCAAGAAAAAAAAAAGAUUAAGAUGGGCAGUCAGAGAUAUGGCUUUUUCUUUGCAACUCUUUUUUGCUUUUUUAAAUCAGCACAACAGUUUUCAGCUGUGCUAACAUAAUUGCAAAAGGGUUUUCUAAUGAUCAAGUAGCCUUUUAAAAUGAUAAACUUGCCAUUGGAACACAGGACUGAUGGUUGCUGAUAAUGGGCCUCUGUACGCCUAUGUAGAUAUUCCAUUAAAAAUCAGCCGUUUCCAGCUACAAUAGCCAUUUACAACAUUAACAAUGUCCACACUGUAUUUCUGAUCAAGUUGAUGUUAUUUUAAUGGACAAAAAAAUUGCUUUUCUUUUAAAAACAAGGACAUUUCUAAGUGACCCCAAACUUUGGAACGGUAGUGUAAGUAUUCAGACCCUUUGUUAUGAGACUCGAAAUUGAGCUCAGGUGCAUCCUGUUUCCAUUGAUCAUCCUAUGAGAUGUUUCUACAACUUGAUUGGAGUCCACCUCUGGUAAAUUCAUUGAUUGGACAUGAUUUGGAAAGGCACACACCUGUCUAUAUAUGGUCCCACAGUUGACAGUGCAUGUCAGAGCAAAAACCAAACCAUGAGGUCGAAGGAAUUGUCCGUAGAGCUCCGAGACAGUUUUGUGUCAAGGCACAGAUCUGGGGAAGGGUACCAAAACAUUUCUGCAGCAUUGAAGGUCCCCAAGAACACAAUGGCCUCCAUCAUUCUUAAAUGGAAUAAGUUUGGAACCACCAAGACUCUUCCUAGAGCUGGCUGGGCCAAACUGAGCAAUCGGGGGAGAAGGGCCUUGGUCAGAGAGGUGACCAAAAAUCCAAUGGUCACUCUGACAGAGCUCCAGAGUUCCUCUGUGGAGAUGGGAGAACCUUCCAGAAGGACAACCAUCUCUGCAGCACUCCACCAUUCUGGCCUUUAUGGUAGAGUGGCCAGAUGGUAGUGGCCAGACGGAAGACACUCCUCAGUAAAAGGCACAUGACAGCCCGCUUGGAGUUUGCGAAAAGGCACCUAAAGACUCUCAGACCAUGAGAAACAAGAUUCUCUGGUCUGAUGAAACCAAGAUUGAACUCUUUGGCCUGAAUGCCAUGCGUCACGUCUGGAGGAAACCUGGCACCAUCCUUACGGUGAAGCAUGGUGGUGGCAGCAUCAUGCUGUGGGGAUGUUUUUCAGCGGCAGGGACUGGGAGACUAGUCAGGAUCAAGGGAAAGCUGAACGGAGAAAAGUACAGAGAGAUCCUUGAUGAAAACCUGCUCCAGAGCGCUCAGGACCUCAGACUGGGGCAAAGGUUCACCUUCCAACAGGACAACGACCCUAAGCACACAGACAAGACAACGCAGGAGUGGCAUCGGGAAAAGUCUCUGAAUGUCCUUGAAUGGCCCAGCCAGAGCCCGGACUUGAACCGGAUCGAACAUCUCUGUAGAGACCUGAAAAUAGCUGUGCAGUGACGUCUUCCAUCCAACCUGACAGAGCUUGAGAGGAUCUGCAGAGAAGAAUGGGAGAAACUCCCCAAAUACAGGUGUGCCAAGCUUGUAGCGUCAUACCCAAGAAGACUCGUCAUACCCAAACAUUUCUAAAAACCAGUUUUUGCUUUGUCAUUAUGUGGUAUUGUGUGUAGAUUGAUGAGGAAAAAUAAGGCUGUAACGUAACAAAAUGUGGAAAAAGUCAUGGGGUCUGAAUACUUUCCGAAUGCACUGUACGUACACACGCACGUUUGUGUUAAUCCUUAGUGAUGGUGGGUGUGUGUGUGUUUCAGUGGUGAUGAGCCCCUGGUCAGACUUCAGCAGAAGGUGUCCUCCUCUCUAAGACGUGCUCUGGAGAAACUCCAGCUGGCAGAGAGCAGCCAGCCUGGCAACACAGGUAUGCUGCUGUCAUAAUGGACCUUUAACCUGGCUCUGAUAGGAUUGAGAGGUGGGUGGCUCACAGGCUUUCUCUCUCUCUCUCUGUCUAGAGGGGGAGGAGGUGAAGAUCGGCACAUCCUGUAAGAAUGGAGGCUGCUCCAAGGUAGAGUACUACUGUAGUCCUCUAGUUCAGAUUCUCAUCAUUUCUCAAUGUGUGUAUAAAUUAUCAGGAGGCUACCAGUCAGGGUUCAGAGAGUAGCUCAGUGGUAGAGUGACGAGAUGAAUAGCAGUGUGUGUGUGAUUUAGUGUGAUGUAUUGUGUUUAUGGUGUGUGUCCUGGUUUCUCUCCCUUGCAGUCUUUCUCUGGUCCAGGGAGUAACGAGGAGAAGUGUAAACACCACCCUGGAGUCCCCAACUUCCACGAGGGGUGAGACGCAAAAACACUUGAGAUUCAGAUGCCAAUAUGUCCUCCUCCUGUCUAGUUUAUUUGGAUCAAUGACUGUUGGCCUCUGAUCUGUGCUGUCCCCUGUCUGUCAGGAUGAAGUUCUGGAGCUGCUGUAGGAGGAAGACGUCUGACUUUAACUGUUUCCUGGCCCAGGAGGGCUGCACCACAGGAAGUCACCUCUGGAGGAAACCAGACAAGGUCAGGACCCCUUCAGUGUUUAGCUCAGGCACUGACUCAGACAGCCUCAGGUUCACACAAUUAGAAGUGCCGAUGGCCAUCUCUCUCUCUCAUGCCAUCUCUCUCUCUCUCACUCCAUCUCCCCCCCCCCCCCUUACUCCAUCUCUCUCUCUCUCACUCCAUAUAUCUCCCCCCUUACUCCAUUUCUCUCUCUCUCACUC